AUGGAGAAUGGCAUGGCUAUGGAAGAAGUACCAAGCCAAGUGCGAGAAGUUAUAACGGUGGCGUCCAUUGCCACCGGUAUCCAAUUCGGGUGGGCCCUACAGCUCUCCCUCCUGACCCCCUACAUCCAGCUCCUCGGCAUCCCCCACAUGUGGGCCACCUUUAUGUGGCUAUGCGGCCCCAUCUCCGGCAUGGUGGUGCAGCCUGUCGUCGGAUACUACAGUGACUGCUACACUUCCCGCUACGGCCGGCGCCGCCCCUUCAUUGCAGCUGGCUCCGCCCUUAUCUCUGCGGCCCUCCUCAUCAUUGGCUUCUCCGCCGACCUUGGCAGUUUCCUCGGCGACCCCACUGCCAAAAACAUCCCUAAGCCCCGCGCCAUCGCGAUUUUCAUCAUUGGCUUCUGGAUCCUCGACGUGGCCAACAAUAUGGUCCAGGGACCUUGCCGUGCCUUCCUCGGCGACCUCUCAGGCAACGACCAAAGCAGAACCGGAAAGGCCAAUGCCUUAUACUCCCUCUUCAUUGCGGUGGGAAACGUGCUCGGCUAUACAGCUGGAUCAUAUACUCACCUCCACGAUAUGUUCCCAUUCACCAUCACUGAAGCAUGUGAUGUCUACUGUGCAAAUUUGAAGAGUUGUUUUAUUCUCUCCGUUAUUCUGUUAUUGACCCUAACAGUGGUAGCACUUACAACAGUACAUGAGAAGCCGCCUGUAAAUAAACUGAAACCGAAAAAUUCCGGUGAGUUUAAAGGGAAGGGGUUAGGGAGGUUACCGUUUUUUGGGGAAAUAUUCGGUGCGUUGAAGGAGUUGCCUAGGUCCAUGUGGAUGCUGCUUUUGGUGUCGUGUCUGAAUUGGAUAGGGUUCUUUCCGUUUCUGUUGUACGAUACGGAUUGGAUGGGGAAGGAGGUUUAUGGAGGGAAGGUUGGGGAGGGGAGGAUGUAUGAUAAGGGUGUGCACGCGGGUUCAUUGGGUCUGAUGUUAAAUUCGGUGGUGAUGGGGAUCACGUCGCUGACGCUGCAGUUCGUGGGGAGUGGCGGUGGUAGUGGAGGAGGGAAGAAGCUUUGGGGGUGUGCCAACUUUCUGUUGGCAAUUUGCAUGGCCAUGACGGUCUUAGUCACUAAAAUGGCUGAGUCUACAAGGCAGUUUGACACUAUAGGUGGUGGUGGUGGUGAUCCAUUAGCGCCACCUGUUGGUGUUAAGGUUGGCGCGUUAGCUCUUUUCGCCAUCUUGGGCAUCCCUUUCUCAUUGAGUGCUAUUGUUCCCUAUGCUCUAGUCUCCAUAUUUUCUACCACUUCUAAUGCUGGACAAGGUCUCUCCAUGGGAGUUCUCAAUUUAUCAAUAGUUAUACCACAGAUGAUUGUUUCUGUAGUGAGUGGACCAUGGGAUGCCCUAUUUGGAGGAGGCAAUUUAUCGGCAUUCGUCGUUGGAGCCAUCGCAGCCGCAGUAAGUGGGGUGCUUGCACUUACCAUGCUUCCAACUACAUCUUGAUACAUAAUUUGUCAAAAAUGAAAAUAAAAAAAUAAUUAAAAA